ACCUGGUACUGGGAGAGAGGGGGCUCCACGCUGCCCGCGCUGGGGCCUCGGAGGCGAACCACCAAGAAGGCGCUGUCCUCUGCGUCCCACAGAAAGAGCUCCCCUCCGAGGCCGAAGACCAGGUUUCUCGUCAGCAAAUGCGGCGGCAGAGGAGGGCACGAGGGAGAAGUCGAAGCCGCUGGUGUCUCCGCUUCGGCUGGACCCUUGUGUUUCAGGCCCUCGCGGAGCCGCAAGAACACGACGUGGUUAGGGAGCCAGCUCUGCCACAGCUCGCCAUCACCCGCAGGCCCCUCGGCAGCCGCCAUCUUGAAGCCAACAGCCCUCGGUUCUGGGAGCUCAGCCCCGCCGCGGCGCGUAGCCAAUCCGCGACCAGCACUUCACGGCUUCAGCCUAUCAGCGAGCGGGAAUCCCGAGGGAUGGGCCGCCCCCUAGGCAGGCAUCACUAGAGGAAAGCCAAACUACAGCGCCGCAGAAUGACGCCAAAGUGGGCGGGGCGGGGGUUAGAGACGGCUUUGGAAGGCCAGUGCGUAGGGUUAAGAACGGGAUGUGUGUAUCUAAUUGUCUACUGACGCCUCCCUCUGGAUAAACUCAGAACUUUCACUCAAGACUCGCCUCCCUCAGCCCAGAUGGCGUUGACUCCUCAACAGUCACGACUUCAACCAUCCUUGGAUUUCCUUCCCUAAGCCUGUCUCUGUGAGGGGAUAGACACCAGAGAGUUCCUAGAAGACCUUAGGACCUGAAGGGCAGUCACGGCCCAGAAACUAGAACUUCCGGAAUCCUUUGCGCGCGGCUAGGGGGCGGGGAUUUGGGAGCCAUCCCCGGUUAAGAGAUGGCCGAGUCCUCGGGGUCUCCGCACCGCUGGUUGUACAAACAAGUGGGCUCGCCGCCUUGGAAAGAAGCUUUCAGGAAGGGAUGUCUCGAGAGAAUGAGAAACAGCCGGCACAGGCUCCUGAACAAGUACCGCCAGGCUGCAAGUGGUACACCAGCGAGCGCCUCAGACAGAUUGCUUGUGCAAGAAGUGAUGGAGGAAGAGUGGAAUUCUUUGCAGUCAGUAGAGAAUUAUCCAGAGGCCUUGAUUCAGUUGGGACUGCCAGGGGACCUAGCUGUGCUGCAGGACAUCGAACAGGAGCUGUGUGAUGAAGAAAAGUCCAUCAUAAGCGAGUAUGAGAAGAGCUUGCAGUUCGAUGACAACUGUCUCAGCAGCAUGCUGGCUGAGUGGGAAGCAAACCCCCUCAUCUGUCCUGUGUGUAUAAAGUACAACCUGAGAAUAAUGAACAGUGUGGUCACGUGUCCGUGUGGCCUGUACAUCCCAUGUCACUCUCCAGGGUUGACAGAGCAGAAGCUUCGUACCUGUUUGGAGGAUAACAUAAAUGAGCACAGUGUACACUGUCCCCACACACCUGAAUUUUCAGUCACCGGUGGAACAGAAGAAAAGCCCAGUCUUCUAAUGAGCUGCCUGGCUUGUGACACUUGGGCUGUGAUCCUCUAGUCAUCCUGGCCUCACACUUCACUGCUGGGCUGACAACAACUCAUUCCCUCUGAGAGGGCUUCUGCAUGCACAAGCCUCUUGUAUAUAACUUAUUUUGCAUUAAAACUGUUCAAACAUCUA